UAUAAUUUGAUUAAGUAUUUUAUUUUCAAAAUGGCGCAGCAGAUGUCUGUCGAAGAAGCACGAACAAUUUUAAAGAAGUUCAGAGAUGAACAAACUAGAGAUUCUGAUCUGGUUGUAAACAUCUGGGAUACAGUCAUAAUGGAUUCAUGUGCAAAACUUGGAGAUGAGGUCUGGUUGGUGUAUGAGCAAGUUUGUGCAGCGUCUCUUGACUGUCAGCGUUAUGACAUUGCUGAGCAAUGUAUACAACAACUGAAUGAAAAAUUUCCAAAUAGCAUCAGAGUAGCAAGGUUACAGGGAAUGCUUCAUGAAGCUAGAGAGGAGUACUCAGAAGCAGAGGACGAGUAUAAAAGUAUUCUUGAGAAAGAUGAAACUAAUAUGUAUGCAAGAAAAAGACAAGUUGCUAUUUUGAAAGCAAGACAAAAGAUUUCAGAAGCUAUUCAAAAGUUGAAUGAAUAUUUGAAAAGUUUUAUGACAGACUAUGAAGCAUGGAAUGAGCUGUGUGAUUUGUAUCUCUCACAACAUGAUUACAAUAAUGCAGCUUUUUGUCUUGAGGAAUUGAUAAUGUCCAACCCUCACAAUCAUCUUUUUCAUCAGAAGUAUGCAGAGAUUCGCUACACACAAGGUGGCAAUGAAAACAUGGAACUUGCCAGGACAUACUUUUCUCAAGCUGUUAAAUUAAACCCGAAUAAUCUCAGGGCCUUGAAUGGCCUUCUUUUGUCUGCCUCAUAUCUGGCUGUCAGCUCGGGUAAAGGAGCAAAAGACAAACAAGUGAAUUUAAAGUAUGCCACAUGGGCCAAAGAACAAAUCCAAACCAAAUAUGAGAAACAGCAAGCAGAGUCCCAAUUUAAAGAAACCAAAGUCACAGACUGUAUGGAGAAACUUUUAGAAUCAUUACAAUCCAACUGAUCAUAUUAGAUUGACAAGCUGAAAGUGCAAUGAUAGUUGUGAAUGGAGUCAUGAGUCUGCAAUAAUUUUGCAUUUUUUCCUGUGAUUUAUUUAAACAGAUUAGAAGGUAUCUAAAACAAAUAAAGGAUUUCCAGUUGACAAGUGCAGUGGUAAUACAGGUGCAGGAUUUUAUUGAAUCUAAAAAAAUAAAUUGGUACUGAACUAACUGCCUACUGACACACGUCAUUGCAUUUACUUCUGUGCAGUUUGUGUUCUAAGAAGUCCGCUUUAUCGGUAGGGUUAAUGGGAACGUACAUUUCAUUGCAAUUUUAUUUCAUAGCAUUAAAUUAUCUGUAUAUUUUUUUUAGAAUGUUCUAAAAGUCAGUCAUUAUGAACUACCUUAUUACAUUUUUCUUAAACUUAAGGUAAAACAACCUUCACACAAAACCGCCUGCACAUUUUUCCUGUCCAUUUCAUUGUUUUAAGUGUAAAAUAUCUGUACCCCUAUCGAUAAACAGAAAUUGUUUUUGUAUAAGUUUAGAGCCCUGCUCAGGGUUUUGAAAGAAGCAGAAUGAAACCAUGUAUAUAUUUUACACACAAUUAAAAAGAAACCAAUGUUCUUCUAUUCUG